AUGGGAGACAAAAUAGCCGACAAUUAUGCGGAGAGCAUUGAUCCCGAAAUCUACGCCAACAAUCCCGCAUAUUCCUCUCUCUUUAACCCAUAUAUUCACAACCAAACGAUAAUCGCCGAUCAUGUCUCAGUACAGUGCCACAUAGACCUCAAUGGAAUUGAUGCCGUUGGGUCCAAAUUCGGCAAUCUCAAUGCACAUGCAGGUAAUUUUACUUCGCUGUGUGCGCCAAACUGCCUACCUGAGAGACUCGCGCUUGUCGCGUACACUGUGGAAUAUGCAUUCCUUCACGAUGAUGAAACCGAUAACGCUGCUGAUAAAGAGGCUUUGUUACUGGAAAACAAGAUGCUUCACCAGGCUCUUAAUCAGAGCGGCAUGACUUCUGUAUCGACCAGAGUUUCAGAUAAAGCACAACGCAAAGCCGAGGUCCAGGCCAAGAUCGCGGCCGAGUACCUGCGUCUUGAUCCCGUGUUCGGUGAAUGGUUCCUUAAAGCGUGGCAAACAUUCACUGCAUCGGUAAAGGACGUGAGAAGUCUUGAAUUUCCUAGUCUAGAUGACUACCUGGAGUUCAGAAUUGUUGAUGCAGCAGCCGACUGGACACUCUAUAAUUUCCGAUGGGGAUCGGGCAUCACACUCACCCCCGAGGAAGAAAAAAUUGCCGAUCCUAUGAGCUACGUCGCAUAUGCGGAAUUAUGCUUGGUGAAUGACUUGUUCUCUUGGGACAAGGAAUACGCGUCUCAUAUCAAAAGCAAUGGCGACGUGCCAUUAGUCAAUGCAGUACAUAUUGUCGCGGUUACGCAGGGUCUGACGCACUGUGCGGCGAAGGCAGUUGUCCAGGCUGAAAUCCGAGCACACGAAGAGCGAUUUUGUUACUUGAAAGAACAGUACGAGACGACAGGUACCCCAUCCGAUUCAGUCCUCAGGUGGUUAAAACUGCUCGAGCACUCAAUGGCUGGAAACUGGGUUUGGAGUCUUUGUGUUCCUCGUUACUGCAAGGUUGAUCGGAAUCCUUAUAAAGACCACCUUGAAAAGUACGGAAGCAACGCUGUGCGAGUUCUUACGCCGCUAGACCAGCUUCAUGGGUCAAAAAAAGAGACCAAAGACGCCAAGCAGAAUGGGCUCAAAGACCCCAGCUCAAUAUACCCCUGGCCCGUGUUAAAUCCCUACACCUAUAUUAACUCCCUGCCUUCUAAGAAUGUGAGACAGACAUUGAUAGCGGCUCUGAAUUCAUGGUACAAGGUGCCCGUGAAGUCCCUCCUGAUCAUAGAGGGUGCAGUCAACUUCUUGCACAACUCAUCAUUACUACUCGAUGACAUCCAGGAUGGAAGUUUCCUCAGACGCGGAAAGCCAGUGGCGCAUCAGAUAUUUGGUGUUGGCCAAACCAUCAAUACUGCGACAUAUCUGAUGAAUGAAGCCUUGUGCCUCAUACAGAUGCUUUCACCAGUUGCGGUAUCGGUUUACGCAGAUGAAAUGCGUAAUCUCCAGCUUGGACAGGGACGUGACCUCUACUGGAGCUACCAUACACAUGUACCGACCCCUGCGCAGUAUAUCAGCAUGGUUGACGGCAAGACUGGUGGUCUAUUCCGCCUCAUCAGCCGUCUGAUGAGAUCAGAGGCCACGGCGAAUAGCGACCUUGAUAUAAGUCAGUUUGCGACCUUGCUUGGAAGACACUUCCAAAUCCGAGAUGACUACCAGAACCUUCAAAGCGAAGAUUACACAAAGACCAAGGGAUUCUGUGAUGAUCUUGACGAAGGGAAGUUAUCAUUCCCUGUCAUCUUAUCCAUGCAAUCACCUGGCUUCUCCAACACAACGUUGUCAAGCGUGUUUAAGGCUUCCCAAAAAGGCGAAACUCUGUCACUUGAGAUGAAGCAAUACAUCCUGGAGGAGAUCACUGCUCGGGGGGCUUUCUCCGAAACGAAGGCCGUGUUGAGGAAAUUGCAUAGCGAACUGCUACGUCUCCUUAUGGAGAUCGAAAAGAAAGCCGGUGGCAUAGAGAAUUGGGCGCUGAGGUUGUUGAUCAUGAAGCUGGAUAUCGCUGAUGAAAAGAAGGUGGCAUCACCCAAGAGUGAGUCCCAUUGGGGGGUCAACCAGCGACGAGCGUGGAAAGGAAGUCAGAAGCAUGGACGGCCUAUUGAUAAGGCUUGCUUUUUGAGGGCCAUGGAAGAGGCGCUUCAGAAAUGA